CAGGCUGCUGCCAGUGCUGCCUAAACGUAGGUCCCUGUCUCUGCGUUUUGUUCGUUCAGUGUUCAGUGUUCGGUGUCCCCUUUCACCCUCCACCACCAGUCAUCUUGGGCUUGGGUCCUCGUCCUCGUGGCCCACCGCUGCCUGCGCUCCGCAAUCCCCUGUCGUUACUCGCGUAUAGAAAAACAGUGCUACGAAAGGAUGAGCUGUUCCUCUGUUGGCUGUUUCACUCUAAGAUGGCGAAUAUGUGUACUUAGUAUAUUCCAAUGGACUACAGAAAUGUGAUAAUAGACUGUUCAAUUGUGUUAAACUUAGUUAACUCGUUAUUUUUGUGCAAUCACUGUAAACACUAUUAGCUACUGAAAGAAGUUAGAACAAUGCGUGAGUUCAAAGUAGUCGUCCUCGGAUCGGGUGGGGUUGGGAAAAGUGCUUUGACUGUACAGUUUGUGUCCGGAUGUUUUAUGGAAAAAUAUGAUCCUACAAUCGAGGACUUUUAUCGUAAAGAAAUUGAGGUCGAUAAUUCACCUUGUGUACUCGAAAUCCUGGAUACUGCGGGAACAGAACAAUUCGCCAGUAUGCGGGAUCUAUAUAUUAAGAAUGGACAAGGCUUUGUGGUAGUUUAUAGUUUGACCAACCACCAAACCUUUCAGGAUAUCCGUCCUAUGAAGGAGCUCAUUACCAGAGUAAAGGGAACUGAAAGGGUACCCAUCCUUCUAGUUGCCAACAAAGUUGAUCUUGAACAUCAAAGGGAAGUGGACUUUGAAGAGGGAAAGUCUCUUUCACAACAAUGGGGCUGUCCCUUCAUUGAAGCCAGUGCAAAAAACCGUACCAAUGUCAAUGAAGUGUUUGCAGAAAUAGUCAGAGAAAUGAACUUUAGUCCAGAGAAAGAGAAAAAAAGUUAUUGCUGCUGUACAGUCAUUUAAAGCGGCCUCAUUAUUUUAUAUUUUGAUGGGAACAAAUAAAUCAUAAUUGUGUUACAGAACACUCCUUAUUAUUAAUCAUGCAACGCUAACUAAAUUAUGAAUCUUUUUACAAUACGCUCAUUUCUCUUUUUUUAUUAAUAAUUUAGAUCUACUCAAUAUCUACAAUAUAUUUUUAUACAAUUGAUCAAACCCAAUGACUUAGUAAAAGAUGCAUAAAAUACCCAUAUUAUGCUAUUUAUUUACCAGUUUUUGAAAUCAAAUCAUAUCUGUGUAAUCUACAGUAAAAUAUAGUGCCUCAAACCAAAAUAAAUCAACUGCAACUUAGGAUGCGUGGAUUGGUACUAGUAUUGGCCUAACAUUAAAUGCACUGAGCCCCGAAUUAUGACUACCCGCUAGCAACUUACAACAUGCUUUAUAGGAUAUUUUCAAUAUAUGGUUUAUUAAAAUCAGUGAGCUCAUCUUGUACAUAAUAGAACAUAAUUUUGUCAAGAUUAUUUGUGUUGUACGAUAAUUACCUAAUUAAAUUGAGAUUGAUAUUCUAAUCAAAGAGUGAUGUGUGCAUGGGACAGAGUGCUUGUAAAAAUAUUUGUUUUGUAAGUAAACAUAAACUGAUGCCAAUAGAAUGUGUGUUCUGAGAGCCAAAAAGGAUUUGUGAUAUAUACGUAUUAUAAUAAAAAAAAGUACCUACCUACCUACUGUUCCGGUGAGACAUCUUUAGAGGCAGUGUGCUAGACAACGUCGGAGGAGCAACGAAGGGAAUACUUCAUCCUCUACCACACCGCCUCUAUACCGCAGCAGUGGACGAAGCGUUAGAGCAAAAACUAUUCCACUGAUCGGCCUCCCUUUUGUUUUCAGCUGUGCUUUACAAUGUUUGCAUCGCGUUUCGGAUCCUUUUCAUGAGCCGUAAUUGCAUUGCAUCAGAGCAACUGUCUUGGUAUGAUAUAUUAUGUCGAUGUUUACUUAAAAAAUAUGGUUUUUAUGGAAAUUAAUAAGGACAAAAAAAUUGAAAAAAAAAACAUGGACCCAACAUUUUUUUUUUCUAUUUUGUCUUUAUUAAUUACAUAUUGCCUCUCGCCUGAAUAAGCAGACAUAUUAUAGUUCGGUUUUGGUUU